UCAUCCGUCGGAUCACAUCGUAUUGAUACAAAUCGACGGACAGGAACGCUGGAUCAUGUCGUCCAUGGGCGAUCGGACGGUCAGAUUCCUUAGCUAUAUUUGCUCCCCCCCCACUUCGUCUUCGUGACUGCGGCUUUCCCUAGGGCACGCGAAAUCUCCCCGAUUCCUCCUCUUCCCUCGCCGCCGCCUACGCCGCGCCUACGCCGCUGCCGCCUCGACGGCUAGGAGAAGCUGCUCAGGUCUGCCGGCGAGAGGCUUCACGUCUUCUCUCUCCGGUACCACCUCCGUCAAGGCUACGAGCACUUCACCAGUCCGACACCUACAACCUAUCGCGGUGAGUUCCGAUCCAACACCUCGUCCCCUCCUCCUCCUCCUCCGCCUAAAUCCCUACACCUGGUAGAGGUUCCUCCUCCACCUUCAAUAUGACUUAACUCGUCUUAAUUUUCCGGCACUUCCUCCCUCUCUCUUCCGCGGCCGCCGCCGGCUGAGUUGGAAAAGUGUUGGCCUCUUGAAUCUUUUCGAUACCACGCUCAUUGCAUUUGUCAUCAAGUCCCCUUUCAAAGUUUUGUAAGCAAGUUGAGCACGCUGGAGGAUGUGUUCAAGAGUUGCGGAGGUUUUUUUUGUUUCUUUGGCGAACUGAAUAAAGGAUGAUACCACUGUGUUUGUUGGUUUGACAAGCUUACUUUGACAGACAUACUAAAUCAGAAAACCAUUCAACUAUUUGAGUGAAUAUCAAUAUGGCUGGGGAUUUUUCACAUCAUGAAAUGGCAGAUGAUAGUACCUACAAGUUCUCCCAGGACAGGCCCGAGGAAGUUAAACUGCCCGGCGCUUCUUGGUACUUGGGUCGUAAGGAUAUUGAGGAAAAUUUCCCAUCUAGGCGAGAUGGCAUUGAUCUCAAGAAAGAAACUUAUCUCCGGAAGUCUUACUGCACUUUCCUUCAAGAUUUAGGCAUGAGAUUGAAAGUACCUCAAGUUACAAUAGCUACUGCAAUUGUAUUCUGUCACCGUUUUUUUCUCCGCCAAUCUCAUGCAAGAAAUGAUAGGAGAACUGUUGCUACUGUUUGCAUGUUUUUGGCGGGAAAGGUGGAAGAAUCGCCUAGACCAUUAAAGGAUGUCAUUCUUGUUUCUUAUGAGAUCAUCCACAAAAAAGAUCCUACUGCUGUUCAAAGAAUCAAACAAAGGGAAGUAUAUGAACAGCAGAAAGAGCUGAUUUUGAUUGGGGAACGUUUGGUACUUGCGACGCUAGGUUUUGACCUAAAUGUACUACAUCCAUACAAACCCCUCGUUGAAGCAAUCAAGAAGUUUAAGAUUGCUCAAAACGCCCUUGCACAAGUUGCAUGGAAUUUUGUCAAUGAUGGGCUGCGAACAUCGCUUUGCUUGCAAUUUAAGCCCCACCAUAUCGCAGCCGGUGCAAUCUUCCUGGCCGCUAAGUUUCUAAAAGUAAAGCUUCCCUCUGAUGGGGAUAAAGUGUGGUGGCAAGAAUUUGAUGUUACCCCUCGGCAGUUGGAAGAGAUAAGCAAUCAAAUGUUGGAACUAUAUGAACAAAACCGUCCUGCACCAGCAUCGCAAGGCAAUGAAACUGAAGGUAGUUCUGCUAGCGGUGUGAAUCAGCGGGUUCCUGCAAAAGCCCUUAUCGAUAUCGAGGAGCCUACAACACGAAGUGGAUAUUCUCAGCAUGUCGGAAGUCAUGACGGUAAUGAUCACGGAAGGCACGAGCUGCAAACUGGAGUCUCCGGUAACAAAGUUGUCGGAGCGAAGGACGCGUGGCAUCACGAACCAGUGAAUGAUCCAGAUACUCUUGGCAGUAGACCCAGCAGGUCUGAACCUACAGCUGAAGAAUAUGGAGUUCCUCCUUCGAACAGGAUCUUCGCCCAGAGUCAAGCUUCCAAAGUACAGUCCCCUGCAAUGGAUGCCAUAAAGAAGAUUGACAAAGAGAAAGUCAAGGCUGCACUGGAGAAAAGGAAAAGAUCGAGGCCCGAGUUUGCCAGAAAACCAGAUCACAUGGACGAAGAAGACCUUAUUGAGAGGGAGUUGGAGCACGGCAUUGAAUUGGCGGUCGAGGAUGAACGGAACAAGCAGAAGAGUCAUAACUGGUCCAAGCCUUCAAACAAUAUAGAUCUAAUGGAGAAUGCGGAAGAAGGCGAACUCUCAGUGGACAGCCAAGAUGGUCAAUUACCUGAACCAAGCAGCAAGAGGAUGAAAACUACUUCCUUGCGCCGCCCCAAUGGCAUUGACGAUUUACGACCACCUGGAAGAAAGGUUCACGCCGGGAAACCAAGCAUAAUCGAAGAAUAAGCCACACUAACCUCACCAUUACUCUCAAAAUGGCCGUGGAAGGUUGAACCAGAUCCGACCCAACUCGGCCGGGUUGGACCAUUAGCGGCCCGGUCUGAUUGACAUCAAAGAUAAAAGAAAGCAAACAUAUUCAAAAUGAAUCGUCGUUCUC